CUUCCUCUUUGGCUCGCAUGGUUCGCGUGAUGGGGCUGAGCCUUCCGUCCGUCAGCACCACCUGAGGAUUCCGGAAACCGCCCCCGCGAUGGAAGAGGACCAGGAGUUGGAGAGAAAAAUGUCUGGAUUGAAGACUUCAAUGGCUGAAGGCGAGAGGAAGACAGCCCUGGAAAUGGUCCAGGCAGCUGGAACAGAUAGACACUGUGUGACAUUUGUUUUGCACGAGGAGGACCAUACUCUAGGAAAUUCUCUUCGGUACAUGAUCAUGAAGAACCCGGAAGUGGAAUUUUGUGGUUACACUACAACCCAUCCUUCAGAGAGUAAAAUUAAUUUACGCAUUCAGACUCGAGGAGCUCUUCCAGCUGUUGAGCCAUUUCAGAGAGGCCUGAAUGAGCUCAUGAAUGUCUGCCAACAUGUGCUUGACAAGUUUGAGGCCAGCAUAAAGGAAUAUAAGGACCAGAAAGCAAGCAGAAGUGAAUCCACAUUCUAGUCCCUUGUGCAUCAUACAGGGAGGAACAUCCUCUAACAUAUUUUCUUCGUGAUCUUGCAAAACCCAGAAGGAAGUAGAAGUUUGAUUGCAACAUGAUCUGUCCCUCAGAAAGGUGUGAUACUAUCUUAUCACCAUCACAGUUGUUAGAUUCCCUGCCAUAACCUUUGUAUCCUUCUAAUAAAUUCCCUCUUUAAACUAA